AUGCCACGCGCAAAAGCGACAGCGCCUCUGGCAGGGCUCGUAGGGUCCGACUCAGAGCCUGACUUCGAUGACUUCGACGUCUCCGAUAUCCAAGCUGCGCGCAAUCAAAGACAACCCAUAAGCACCACAAAAAAGCCCCGAGGCCGUCCGCCAAGCGCGAGCAAGGUUACGAAACCAGCACCGCGAUCAACAGGUCGGACUAGGGGAAAGGCCGCCACAACAACAGCGGCGCCAGCAAGGAAAGAGGCCCUGGCGGGCAAGAGCAAUUCCACUACGUCGCGCACUGCGCGGCAGGUAGAGAAACAGGCUCAAGAGGAUACAAUCGAUGUUGAGGAUGUCACGGAAACACCGGUUGUGCCAUCGCCUCGCGCGAAACCGAAUCGCGGCCGACCCAGGGGUGUUGGGAGCGCCGCAAAAGGAAACACCGCCAGCAAGAUGCCAGUAAGCGUUCCACCGAGUGCGACCAGACCACGAGGCCGUCCACGAUUACGUCAGGCCGCGACACCCCCCGAGGAGAUUCCAGAAACUCAGCACGAGGAGCCCGAGGACACGAUGGAUAUUGAUGUUUCAGCACAAGACUUGGUCGACGUAGAAUCGAUUCCAGCCCCAGAUCCGAUUGAAGAUGUAGUUGGGUAUGACGCGAGCGAUGUCUCGCUUCGAAGGCGGUUAGGGGACCUCACGAAGAAGUAUGACGGCCUUGAGAUGCGCCACCGAGAUCUCCGAGAAGUUGGCGUCAAGGAAGCCGAACGCAAUUUCGACCGCCUCCGGAAACAAGCUGAUGAGCGAACUGCUGCCGCGAACAAGCUGAUUGCUGAACUCAAGUCAGAGAUCGCAGCGCAGACUACCCUCACGAAACAAGUGGAGGAGUUAAGAAAGGAGCUAAAAGCCAGCGAUGCCAAGGUGGAGAGUCUAGAAAGCACCGUAGAGACGCUCAACGAGUCACUCGCUGCGGCCCGGUCAGAGACUAAGACGAUCUCGACGAAGCUAGCCGCCUUCCGCGCCGGAGAAGUCAAUACCAGAGUGCCUGGCAGUGCAUUGAAGGCCGGCGCAGCAGGGAGUCGCACAGCCCAGGCAGAGGCAGCCCACGCGGCGAACCAGGUAGCGCAAGCCAAAGAGGACUUGUACGGCGACCUAACAGACCUCAUCUUGCGUGGUAUGAGGCAGGAAGAAACGGAGGACGUUUUUGAUUGUAUCCAGACUGGACGAAACGGCACUCUCCACUUCAAGCUAGCCGUCGAAAACAUUGAAGAGGCCGACAGCUAUGAAAACGUGCUAUUUACCUACCGACCUCAGCUACACCCGGACCGCGACGGGGAUUUGAUGGACAUGCUGCCGGAUUAUCUAGGUGGUGAGAUUUCAUUCCCUCGCAACCAGGCGUCCAAGUUCUACGCGAAGGUGAUGAAGUACUUGACAGAGCGACCCGAAUAA